AUGACGGCCGUCGAAGGCGAGGAACAGGGGAUUGGCGCCCUUGACAUAACUGUUCUGGGAAUGAACUCAGGCACGUCUAUGGAUGGCAUCGACUGUGCGCUAUGUCGCUUCCGCCAGCGGACACCUUUCUCACCUAUGAACUUCGAGCUGGUGAAGUACGACGAGAUCCCGCUGGAGUCCACAAUCAAGAAGCGAGUGAUGAACAUGAUCUAUCAUAACAAGACCACUCCGGAGGAACUCUCAGAAGUCAACGUCCUGCUGGGCGAGACGUUCGCCGCUGCGGCCAUUGAAUUUGCGGAUUAA